AUGAAUCAAAACAGAAGUGUGAAAGAAGAGCAAAUUCAAUUGAAAUUAAAGAAAGUGAAGAAAGUAUCUUCGUCUUUGAUAUCUUUGAAUAAUAACAAAAUAAAUUUCUCUACAUUACGUAUCAGAUCAUCACCAAAUUCAAUGUUUAAGAUUAUUAAGAAGCUUAGUUUUGAGCAGAAGAAAUGUGUGAAAGAACUUGGAUUUAAAAGUUUAUUGAAGUUGGAAAUUGACGAUUUAUCUUCAAGACUUAGCUAUUAUGUUGUUCAUAACUUUGAUUAUGAAAAGAUGAUAUUAAAAGUUAUGAACAAUGAAAUUAAGGUAGAUAGUCAAAGUGUAAAUGAGAUGUUAGGAAUUCCAAUUAGAGAAAAAGAAGUGGAUCAGCUUCCAUUCCGAGCUAAAGAUGAUCAAUGUUAUGAUAGGUGGAUAAACCAAUUUGCUGAUAAAAAGAACAUCAGAUUGAAAGAUAUCGUGAAUGCAAUUAUUUCAACAAAAGAAGUUGAUUUCAAUUUCAAAUUAAAUUUCAUUGUGUUGUUUUGUAACACACUUGUUGAAGGUACAGGCAUGGGGAAAAUAAAUGAUAAGAUAUUGAAAAAAAUAUCAAGUGAUACAGAUUUUUCGAAGAUCAAUUGGUGUUCUUAUAUGAUUGAAUCUUUGAUUACAAAGAAGAGAUCAUAUUCAGUAUCCAAAGACAAGAGUUAUUUCAGUGGACCAGUCACAUACUUACUGUUAUUGUAUGUUGACCAUGUUGAAUUUGAUGGGCAAUAUGUUGCUCGUCUACGUCCAGCAAUAAAAAGCUGGAAUUCUCACAAAUUGAGUCAGAGAGAAAAGCGUGAGAUUGAAGUUGGGAUGUUUGGAACCGGAAAGGAUUACUUGUCAAGUUUGGGAAAUUUGUUUGAAUCAAUUAAUGUGAAAAAGAGUAAAAUGUUGAUGAAACUUAAGGAGGCUCUUUUGAAAUAUCCAAGUGAUGAAAAUUUGAAAGAAUGGAAAAACAUAUUAUUUGAUUUUGUUUUUGUUCCCAAAGAUUUUUUGAGGAAGACACGAUGGAGAAUUUAA